CUUGCAACCUUCUCAGAGGACCAGCGCACUGCUCUAACCAUUAGGCCAACACUCCCCAGAUUUUACAGUUUGCAGUAAGAUAUUUAAAACUUAAUGAUUAAAAAUAAUGAUUAAUUCAAAUAACUUCAUACAUGGGAGACUUUAAAGAAAGAAAAGAGUUUGUUUGGUUUUGUUCUGCCGCUGGUAGUGGUUUCUCAAAUUCUGGGCGGCGUGAGAAACAGCUGCAGCUCUGGGCCAGUUGAACACUCCUCCUCCCAGUAGAGGGCGCUGCAGUAAAACCACAGAGAACACAGACCCACACAAAAAAGAAACCAAACAUGGCGGCGGCCAUGAUGUGGUGUAAAGUUCUGCUUCUCUGAUCCCGGUGGUUCAGCUGGAGCUCCUCAUGAUGGAGUCUGUUCAUGAACGGCUGGUUGAGUUUUCCCUGGAAGCUCAUGAUCUUUACCUCAACACCUCGGUGCCAUACGUGGAGGGACCGCCCGAGCCGCUGCAGUUCUAUCGCCGGUGGAUUGGCCCAAACAAGCCCUGCAUCAUCCGCAAUGCCUUCAGCCAUUGGCCGGCCCUGUCCAGGUGGACGCCACAGUACCUCAGGGAGAAGAUUGGCUCAAAGGUGAUCAGCGUGGCGGUAACUCCUAAUGGCUACGCCGACGCCGUGCUGGGGGAUCGUUUUGUCAUGCCUGAGGAGCGACAGAUGCGCUUCUCUGCAGUGCUGGACAUAAUAGAAGGAAAGGUGCAGAGGAAAGGAGUUUUCUACGUCCAGAAGCAGUGCUCCAACCUGCUGCAGGAGCUGCCAGAGCUGGUGGACGACCUGGAGCCUCACGUUCCCUGGAUGAGUGCUGCACUCGGUGAGUCUCCAGAAUGUUUAAACUUUUUCUUUCCCUCAGCCAUGACCAGUAUGCAUAAAGAUCCGUAUGAGAACCUUUACUGUGUGGUUUCUGGAGAAAAACGUUUCAUCUUGCUGCCUCCCACUGACCGACCCUUCAUCCCUUACGGUCUGUAUCAGUCCGCCGUUUACCAGGAGCAGGAAGGCGGUGAAUUUCAGGUCAUCGAUAACAGCGACUCCAACAAGGUUCCCUGGAUCCCUCUGGACCCUCUGGACCCGGACCUGGAGCGCUACCCGCAGUACCGGCUGGCCCGGCCGCUCGUGUGCUCAGUGAAAGCUGGAGAGAUGCUGUACCUGCCGUCUCUGUGGUUCCACCAUGUCCAGCAGUCCCAGGGCUGCAUCGCAGUAAAUUUUUGGUAUGAUAUGGAAUACGACAUCAAGUACAACUACUUCCAGCUUCUGGAGUCGCUCUCUGAAAACACGAUGGGUCCUCAUGACAUGGCAGCAGCCUAAUGAUGUCCAACGAAACGACGAGAAGCAACCAGCUCCUGAAAGCCCACAAGAUGCACUUUAAACAGGAGCUGGGAGAUUGCUUGUGAACCUGUACUGGUUCAGUUUUAUCUGAUGAAAAAAACUCAGCUCAGUCUCUGCUCUGCUUUCUAAGACUGUCAGCUUAUUCACUUUAGUGUCUAAUAAAAUCAUCUGUUGUUUUUUUAAUGAAAUGUGUCCUCUUGGCUGUAAAACCUGAGCUUUGUCACGUCUUCAACCUGCUUUCUUCUUCCUUAGAGGCCGUUUCCUGAUCCGUGUUAAACCGCAGGCUAACCUCAAAUGUUUUCUGAUGAAUAUAUUUACGUUUAAAUCCAAGGACUGAGCUGGGAAAUCAGCAUUCACAAGUUCUUCCAAAAAGAUUUAAACUAUAGUGGAAAGUAAUCCUUGAUUGAUUUUAUUUAUUUCCAUAGUUACGGGGGAGUGUUGGCCUAGUGGGUCAGAGCAGUGCCAUUCUGCUCACAGAAGGUUGCA